AUGUCCUUAUCGUCCGGGCCCAGUGCCACAGCCACGGAGAACCAACUUCUGCGAAAGACCUUGAUGAAGGACCUCUACACGCGUAUCAGUAUGAAGUCGGAGCAGGUUGUGUGGAACCAAUUGCGCAGACACCCCCAGGAAGUUCAGCGUGCAAGGGAUUUGACGGUCGAAGAGAUGCUUGCGAGUCAGCAUGAGAGGUAUGGCCUGGGUAGGAGCGUAGUUCGAUAUUCUCAAAAGCAAGUUUCACCACUGACCUGGCCGGGAGAUGAUGCGGGAACCCAGGGAGCAGUGUGCAAGUCCCACGUUUGUCUUGAUGUGCUUGUGUCCUCCCUUGGUGGCAGCCCCAAUGCUUCGAAGUUGAUGUUUACAACGCUGCCGUUGCAGCACGAGCCAUACCGGCGUUUGUGGCAGCGAUUCUGUCGGCUGGAGAAAUGGCUGGAGUUAGCUGCGCGGCCAAGUUCUGAAGAAUGCCCUGAGGAGGCAGACCUCCUGGCGCACGAGGUGGAUGACAUCUCAGCACUGCGGCAGCGCAUGGAGCUGCAUGGUUCUUUAGAGCAAAAGGCCACAUUUUGCCGUUCCCCAGAUCUGAAGUUGUUGUGGUCCUCUUUGCCAGUGGACUUCGAAGAUGAACACUUAGAAGUGCGACCAUCGCAGCUAGGUGUGGAAGCCGGGCUGGGCCUCUUUGCUACAAAGGCAUUGCCAGCCAAUCAACUGGUUGUUCAUUAUGGAGGCAACAUUCACACGCUCAAAUCCUCGAUGAAGCUUCAGGACCAGGAGUAUGUCAUGCGAUUGGGCCAGACCGCAUCUGCAGUUGAUGAACUGGCUGACGGCUCUCUAUAUGUUGAUGCAGGUCCGCACCUUGCUGUGAAGGGCAGAUACAUCAACGAUUGUCGAUGCUCGGCCUUGAUGCAUGAUUUUGAUGCCUAUGUCGCAAGCAGAGUCCGCAAUGGAACUCCACUGCUCCCAGGAAGUCUUGACAGUUAUAACCUCCAAUUGGUGUGCUGCCCGGAAAAGCACGUGGCUGAGUUGUUCACGACGCGUGAUGUCGAAGAAGGCGAAGAACUUUUCUUUGAUUACGGCCAUCGCUAUUGGGAUGAUCGCCUUGCGACUGGAGCAGUAUGCAAAGUCUUGAGAAAACAAAUUCCGAUAGAAUACCAGUAG